CUGAGAUCUAACAGCUGCUAGAGCUAAGCGGUCAACUCUGAGCAGGCACCAUGGCCGAAGCGGUAGCACGAGACCUCUUCACCCCCACCACCCUCCCCGUCCUCCUCGUCGCCGGCCUCGCGGCAGUCCUCUACGCCCUGCGCCGCCUCCUCCGCAGCGGCACCGGCCCGCGUCUCCCGCCGAGCCCAUUCGCGCUGCCCGUCCUGGGCCACCUCCACCUCCUUGCGCCGCUGCCGCACCAGGCACUGCACCGCCUGGCGGCGCGCCACGGUCCGCUGCUCUACCUCCGCCUGGGCUCCGUGCCCGCCGUCGCCGCCUGCUCCCCAGAUGCCGCCCGGGAGGUGCUCAAGAUCCACGAGGCCGCGUUCCUCGACCGGCCCAAGCCCACGGCGGUGCACCGCCUGACCUACGGCGGGCAGGACUUUUCCUUCUCCGCGUACGGGCCCUUCUGGCGCUUCAUGAAGCGCGCGUGCGUGCACGAGCUCCUGGCGGGGCGGACCCUGGACCGGCUCGCUCACGUCCGCCGCGAGGAGGUGGCCCGCUUCGUGGGCUCUCUUCGGCAGAGCGCCGCGGAUGGCGCGGCCGUCGACGUGGACGCCGCGCUCAUGGGCUUCACGGGGGACAUCAUCUCCCGCAUGGUGAUGAGCCGGCGGUUUACGGGGGACGACAACGACACCGAGGAGAUGAGGAGCGUGGUCGCCGAGACCGCCGAGCUCACCGGCACCUUUAACCUGCAGGACUACAUCGGCGUGUUCAAGCACUGGGACGUGCAGGGACUCGGCAAGCGCAUCGACGCGGUGCACCGCAGGUUCGACGCCAUGAUGGAGCGGAUACUGACGGCGAGGGACGCCGAGAGGCGGCGGCGGGAGGCCGGGGACGGCGGCGAGGGGGCCAAGGACGUGCUUGACAUGCUCUUCGACAUGCACGAAGACGAAGCCGCCGAGAUGCGGUUCACAAGGGAUAACAUCAAGGCGUUCAUGCUGGACAUCUUCGCGGCUGGCACGGACACGACGACGAUCACGCUGGAGUGGGCGCUGUCGGAGCUGAUCAACCACCCGGCCGUCCUCCGCAAGGCGCAGGCGGAGCUGGACGCCGUCGUCGGCACGGACCGCCUCGCCGACGAGUCGGACAUCCCGCGACUCCCCUACCUGCAGGCCGUGGCCAAGGAGACGCUCCGCCUGCACCCGACGGGCCCGCUCGUGGUGCGCCGGUCGAUAGAGCAGUGCACGGUGGGCGGGUACGACGUGCCCGCCGGCGCGACGGUGUUCGUGAACGUGUGGGCGAUCGGGCGCGACCCGGCGUGCUGGGGACCCGACCCGCUGGCGUUCCGGCCGGAGCGGUUCCUGGAGGGCGAGAACGCUGGCAUGGACGUGCGCGGGCAGCACUUCCACCUGCUGCCGUUCGGGUCGGGGCGGCGGAUCUGCCCCGGCGCGUCGCUGGCGAUGCUGGUGGUGCAGGCGGCGCUGGCGGCCAUGGUGCAGUGCUUCGAGUGGCGGCCCGUGGGCGGCGCGCCCGUGGACAUGGAGGAGGGACCCGGGCUCACCCUGCCGCGGAAGCACCCGCUCAACUGCACCGUCACGCCCCGGCUCGACCCGCUGCCGGUUGCCGCUGACGUGGCAGCCACGGCUGAGGCGUGACAGUAACGGUCGCGUCCAUGCUGGGAUUGGAUUCGGAUCCUGAACUGCUUGUUUGUGCGUAUGCCUCAAUGUAUGCUCUCUGCUCUUCCAUAAAAGUGACUGCCCUACUGCUCGUUGC